AUGGCCAAGCAAGAAGACCACCACCACGUUUCCGACCAUUUAUUAAAGACGACAGACGGGGUCGCCGCCCAGAAGUAUAUGCAGUGUCUGAGAAACAGCAUCCAACCAAGUCGCCUAAGAGUCGGUACUGUGAGUACCACAAAAGCAAAAUGCAUGAUACAGCUAGCUGUUCGGGGUAGAAAUGGGGUCAUUGAACAUAAGCUAUUGAUCAAACCGGGAGUAAAAGAGGUUAAGCAGAAGAAGCGGGUACAAGGAGGAGAUCGUAACAGGGCGAUCAAUGCAGAAGUGUCUAAGCUGACAGAGGCCGGAAUAGUAAGGGAGGCGAUGUUCCCAACGUGGAUUGAAAACCCAGUUAUGGUCCGCAAGCAGGAUGGGUCGUGGCGCAUGUGCAUCGACUUUUCUGAUCUAAACAAGGCAUGCCCUAUGGAUUGCUACCCACUCCCGGAAAUCGAUCAGAAGGUAGAGUUGCUCCAAGGAUUUAAGCUCAAAUGCUUCUUGGAUGCAUACAAAAGGUAUCACCAGAUAUUGAUGAGCAAAGAAGACGAAGAGAAAACAGCCUUCUAUACAGACCAUGGCACGUUCUGCUACACCAAGAUGCCUUUCGGGUUAAAGAAUGCAGGGGCGACAUACCAGCGACUAGUUGACUCGAUAUUCGCCAAGCAAAUUGGAAGGAAUAUUGAGGUAUAUGUAGAUGAUAUGGCGACUAAGAGUCCAAAUGAAGAGAAGAUGCUGCAAGACAUCGAAGAGACUUUCAAGACAUUAGAGGUGGCCAAGAUGAAACUAAAUCCAGCCAAAUGCAUGUUUGGAGUAGAAGAGGGGCAAUUAUUGGGCUACUAUGUUACUAGACAAGGCGUCCAGCCUAGCCCGACCAAGGUCGACGAGUUCAUUGAGACGCCAACCCCAAACUCUCUUAGAGAUGCACAAGGUCUGAAUGGGAACCUCACAGCUAUAAGCAGGUUCAUCUCGAAAUCUGCCGACAAGGCUAUGCCACUGUUCCACACCUUAAAGGGAUGCAUCGAGAAAAACAAUUUCCAAUGGACGGAUGAAGUCGAGAAGGCGCUCCAGAGAAUCAAGGAAGCACUGCACAAGCUACCGACUCUGGCAACCCCCAUCCCUGGAGAAACAUUACAAGUGUAUCUUUCAACAUCAGGCGAAGCGAUAUCAUCAGUAUUGGUUGUGGAAAAGGAAGGGGAGCAGAGACCGAUCUUGCUUAAGCCGGAGACGUCGGGUCGGCUGGCCAAGUGGGCAAUUGAACUGGGAGAGCACGAUAUAAACUACCGCCCAAGAAAGAGUAUCAAAGGGCAGGCGCUGGCUGAUUUCUUACUAGAAAUUCCUGACGGAGGGAACCCGGCGAAAGAAAAAGUGUGGGUAGUUGAAGAGGCCCCUACCGGCGACGGUUCAUGGACCCUGUACACGGACGGGGCGUCCAGCAGGAAAGGCUCAGACGCGGGGCUGAUCCUGACCAGCCCAGAAGGAGAAGAGGUAACCUACACCCUCUGUUUCGACUUCCAUACAUCGAACAACGAGGCGCUGCUUGCAGGGUUGCGACUCGCCAAACAGAUGGGUGCGAAAGCUGUAACAGCACUAACUGACACAAGGUUAGCAGUGAACCAAGUCAAUGGGAGUUUCGAGGUAAGAGACCAAAGAAUGGGAAAGUAUGUAAAGAUGGUAAAGCAACUGGUAGGAUCAUUCGGCCAAUUUACAAUCAAGCAGAUACCCAGAAGUGAGAACAAGAGGGCAAACGCUUUAAGCAAGCUAGCGUCCACUUGUUUUGACCACCUGUCAAAGAAAGUUCUAGUGGAGGUGCUCCGGGAGAGAAGCAUCGAUGAACAGCAGGUGAACACCUUGACCCCCGCUGGACCCACAUGGAUGACACCGUUCCGGGAAUACCUCCAGAGAGGAGUGUUGCCGGAUGACCAUGACGAGGCCAGAAAAAUAUGUAUAAAGGCACCCUCAUACGCAAUGGUGAACGGGGCAUUAUACAAGAAGGGAUUCACGUCUCCAUGGCUAAAAUGUGUAGAUCAAGCCAGGGGGAGAGAGAUAUUGCAGGAAGCACACUCAGGGCAGCUAGGCGCACACGAAGGGGCGAGGGCUUUGACAGGAAAUGUGCUACGAAUGGGGGUAUACUGGCCGAUGAUACAUCAAGACGCGGUAGAAGUAACCAAGAAAUGUUGGGAGUGUCAGUCUUACGCCCCAGUCCAGGCGAAACCCCUGGCGCCGCUAAGCAACAUAUCCAGCCCAUGGCCUUUCUACCAAUGGGGCAUAGACAUAGUGGGUCCAUUCCGAGAAGUACCAGGGAAGAUGAAGUAUAUGGUGGUAGCCGUGGAUUACUUCACAAAGUGGAUUGAAGCUGAGCCACUAGCAUGCAUAUCUGGGAGGCAAUGGUUUGCAAUUCACUGA